GCAUUCAAAAUAUGAAUCUGUCAGUACGUGUCAUGUCACCAACCGCAUAAAAAUACCAAAUAAAAUAGUUUUGAACAGUUUUGUUUACUCAUCAAAGUCCAAUUUUGAAAAAAAACUCAUUAGAUCGUGUUGCGUUGAUGUAUCCAACGCAAAAUGCUAAACAAACAAAAUUUACUUUUUGCCAACGUUUAACUAAACAGAAAACACUGUGCGUUCGAUCGGUUUGGACACAUCUCCAUUUUUUUGUCGUAUAUGAUCGAACUGGUUUCCUAGAGUCUAGCUAAGUGUAGUCUGCCAACCUGUGUGAUCUUGUGACCGUAUAGAAAGAUGGACGAAACGUUAGUCCUUAUAUUGUUGGUGUUUGUUAUGUUGGUCGGUUCCUACUUGGCCGGAAGCAUUCCACUAGUUGUAUCUUUAUCAGAGGCAAAAUUGAAAAUCGUCACGGUUUUUGGAGCUGGUCUACUUGUUGGAACCGCAUUGGCUGUAAUCAUUCCAGAAGGUAUCAGAGCACUAUAUAGCGAUGCUAUUGAGAAAAUGCAUAGUCACAAAGUGACUGACAAAGUGACUGAUGGUUCUGUAACACCAGAGUCUCAUGUAGACGACGAUGUGGAAUUUUCAUCCACCAUUGGAUUGUCAUUGGUUUUAGGAUUCGUAUUUAUGAUGCUAGUUGAUCAAAUUUCGACUCGCCGUAACGAAGGUUUAAAUGCCAGUCAAGCAAACAGCACGGCUACAAUCGGUCUUGUAGUUCAUGCAGCCGCUGAUGGGAUUGCUUUAGGUGCAGCAGCUACAACGAGCCACCAAGACGUGGAAAUGAUAGUUUUCCUAGCUAUAAUGUUGCACAAAGCACCUGCCGCUUUUGGGCUCGUCAGUUUUCUAUUGCAUGAAGGAAUCGAUCGUAAACGUAUUCGCAAACACUUGGCAAUAUUUUCGGCAUCGGCUCCACUACUCACACUGUUGACAUUCUUCGGCAUCGGUCAAGAGCAGAAAGAAACGUUGAAUUCAGUCAAUGCUACCGGUAUUGCAAUGCUGUUUUCGGCUGGAACAUUUUUGUAUGUUGCCACCGUUCAUGUGUUGCCGGAAUUGACGUCACACAGUCACCCGCCGGCCAACUACAGCCACUUGGAAAGUCAAGCGACUCCGAAAGGAUACAGUGGACUUAGGAACGUUGAACUGUCUAUACUGAUAACGGGAGCAUUGCUGCCGCUGCUGUUGACGAUGGGACAUCACCAUUGAUUUGGCAUUGUGUCGCGGCUACUUUAAACCAGCAAUAAAAUGAUAACCAGAUAAAGUGAAUAUUGAAACUUUCUUAUUGUUCAAAUUUAUGAAUGUGAAAAUAUCUGUCGUCGGCUUUUGGUUUCGAUUUUAUUUUUGAGAUUAAAUUUCCAUACGAAAAAGAGUGAAAAGUGAAGAAGUUAUACUGAAGACGAAGGGUUUUUGUACACUAAAAUGCAAAAGUAGACGAAAAUUUAUAUACAAACUUUUAUGUAAUUUAUUUACAAUAAUUAUACACGUUCGUUUAUUCAA